GCUGAGCAGCUCUCGCCACAGGUCUUUGGAGCGCUUCACCAUUUGCAGUCAAGCGCACUGGGUGAGGAACGAUAGAGUACAGUAAGUAGAUAGAUAGUGGGAUAGACGAGGUAAAGCAAGCCAACUUGGUCGCUCGCCUGCCUGCAUUCCUUCUCAAACCGAAACCUAUCCGCUGCGCUACAAGUCUAUGUUUGAAUCGCCGCAGCUCAGAAAGAACAAGCACAUUUUGAGAUAAAGUGUAUAUCGCGCAGGAGGAUCCUAUCAAACGAAGGAGUAACCGUGAGAGAAGCACGAGAUACGGAGACAUGGCUGCGACAACCUGUACACGUUUCACGGACGAUUUUCAGCUAUACGAAGAGCUGGGAAAGGGAGCGUUUUCAGUGGUGCGCAGAUGUGUCAAGCUGUGUAGUGGACAGGAAUAUGCCGCCAAAAUAAUCAACACCAAAAAGCUAUCUGCAAGAGACCACCAGAAAUUAGAGAGAGAGGCCCGUAUCUGUCGCCUGCUCAAGCACUCCAAUAUCGUCCGUCUACAUGACAGUAUAUCAGAGGAAGGAUUCCACUACCUCCUGUUUGACUUGGUGACUGGAGGGGAGUUGUUUGAGGACAUCGUAGCCAGAGAGUACUACAGUGAGGCUGACGCCAGCCAUUGCAUCCAGCAGAUCGUGGAGGCGGUGCUACACUGCCAUCAAAUGGGCGUGGUGCAUCGAGAUCUAAAGCCAGAGAAUCUGCUCCUAGCCAGCAAAUGCAAGAAUGCUGCCGUCAAGUUGGCCGACUUUGGCCUGGCCAUCGAGGUACAAGGAGAUCAGCAAGCCUGGUUUGGAUUUGCUGGUACACCGGGAUACCUGUCCCCUGAGGUACUGAGGAAGGAGGCAUAUGGCAAACCUGUAGACAUCUGGGCCUGCGGGGUGAUUCUGUAUAUCCUGCUAGUGGGCUACCCUCCCUUCUGGGAUGAGGACCAGCACAAACUGUACCAACAGAUCAAAGCUGGGGCCUACGAUUUUCCCUCUCCAGAGUGGGACACAGUCACUCCAGAGGCUAAGAACCUGAUUAACCAGAUGUUGACCAUCAACCCUGCCAAGAGGAUCACCGCCCAGGAGGCUCUCAAACACCCAUGGGUCUGCCAACGUUCUACAGUGGCGUCCAUGAUGCACAGACAGGAGACAGUGGAGUGCCUGAAGAAGUUCAACGCCCGGAGGAAACUCAAGGGGGCCGUUCUCACUGCUAUGCUGGUUUCCCGUAACUUCUCAGUGGGCGCUCGUUCCGCCACCGCUCCAAUCAGUGUCAGUGCAGCAGCAGCAGCAGCAGCAGCCGCAGCAGCGGGCACCACCGGUGGGCUGGUGGAACAAGCAGCCAAGAGUUUGCUCAACAAGAAGGCAGAUGUCAAGCCCCAGACACCACAGACAAACAGCACCAAAAACAGCAUAGUCACCAGCCCCAAAGGAAACGUCCCUACUCCUGUUCUGGAGGCUCAGACUACUGUUAUCCAUAAUCCAAUGGAUGGAACUAAGGAAUCAACUGACAGCAGUACCACUGUGGAGGAUGAGGAUGUGAAAGCACGUAAACAAGACAUCAUUAAGAUCACUGAACAGCUGAUCCAGGCUGUCAACAAUGGAGACUUUGAGGCAUACGCUAAGAUCUGUGAUCCUGGUCUAACCUCCUUUGAGCCCGAGGCCCUGGGAAACCUGGUGGAGGGAAUGGACUUCCACAGAUUCUAUUUUGAGAACCUUCUGUCUAAGAACAGUAAACCUAUCCACACCACCAUCCUCAACCCCCACGUCCACCUGAUUGGAGAGGACGCUGCCUGCAUCGCCUACAUCCGACUCACCCAAUUUGUCGACGGCCUGGGCCAUCCACGCUCCAGCCAAUCAGAGGAGACUAGGGUGUGGCACCGCCGGGACUCCAAGUGGCAGAACGUCCACUUCCACUGCUCGGGCGCUCCCGCUGCGCCUCUCCAGUGAUGUACGUGAGGAGGAGAAUGCCAAAGCCAUGUCUGACAAGAGUGCUCUGCUGGAGAGAGAGAGAGAGAGGGAGGGAGGGAGGGAGGGAGGCGGAGAACAUGUCCAGUGCUGGGUGGCUCUAAUCCUGCAGCACCAGACCUCUCGCACACCGGAUACCCAGCAUGCAUCUCUUCUCUACAACUUCCGCCCCCUUGUCUGUCGCCGUCUGCCACUGACAACACCAUCUCAACAACCAACCAACCAACAACAGCAACCCACUGUACCCACUGACAACACCAUCUCAACAACCAACCAAUCAACCAUCCAACCAACCAACAACCCCAACCCACUGUACCCACUGACAACACCAUCCCAUCAACCAACCAACAACCAAUAACCCCAACCCACUGUACCCACUGACAACACCAUCUCAACAACCAACCAACCAUCCAACAACAGCAACCCUCUUCUCACCGCAACCCCAACCCACUGUUAACUCACGGUCAGCCCUCCCCCAAACCCAACCUCUCCAACUCUCCCCUCGCCACACUCACACCCAGUAUUAGGAUUUGAGCAGGAAGUGUAUUGAGGGUGUGUGUUAGGGGAGUAUUGGGGUGUUUUCUCGUCCUCGGUGUGCGUUUGAUUCUUCCUCUUUUGUCUCAUGAUGUCCCCUCUUCCUCGUUCCCAUCUAAACCUGUGUUGUGUAACACAGGAAAUACAUGAUAUAAAGUUAAGUAAAAAUCUAUUAUUAUAAUCAUUAUUAUUACUACUAUUACACAAUUUAAGUAAAUAAUUUGUAUAAUUCUAAUUCUUAAUGAUAGUGGUUUCUAGAGUUUCUAGAUAGAGAAACUAUCUUUUAAGGAAGCAUGAUGUUUUUCGAUAUUUGGCUGUUUUUUAUUGUGGCUAUUAAGUGACAAAAUGAUAUUGGCAGUUUUUGUUUAAGCUUCUUGUAUGUUAUCUAUUAUAUUAUACUCAGCCCAAGUUCAUGUUCAAGAAAUGUUUUUGUGAGGGGUGUGUUUGACGAGGUGUCAAGAGUGGAAACUGCAUCACUCCUGAGGUCCUGCAGGGAGCCGUGCCCAGGGCUGUCCUCACUGAUGCCUGUUUAAUAUGUGGAGGGGACCUUAAUGGAGAGGUAACAGGCGGAGGCUGUUGAAUGACUAUUGUAUGUAUGUGGAUGGACUGGAGAGGUGUGGGCCUCUGCGAUCUGCAGGUGGAACGUGUUUUAGCCAUGAGAUCACAUGGAUGAAUGUGUGUGUUUAUUUGGUAUACACCUUGACUCUCUGUCCUUUGGUCUCUGUAGUUGCUGCUGAUUUUAGAGUGGAGAGCUAUGACUGAGGUCUGACAGGGUAUGCAGAGGAGUGUGUGUAUGAGGGAGAGCCCCUGUUGUUGGUGUUCCAGAUGAGAGAGAGGCAAGUUAAGAGAGGAAGGCUUUAUUUCAGCGGUUCUUUCAGUCCAGGACUUAUUUUUCUUAUGAUUUAAUGAUCUUUUUAUGUAUAUUAUAUUUUCACAUUUGUAAUAUCAUCCUCAUUGACUUGUUACUAUCUAGUGAUAUUGACUUCUGUUCCUACUAAUCACCGUGUUUGUGCCAAGGCCAACAGAGAUGGACAGAUGGAUUUAUACACUAUAGAUAGCUUCAUACACACAUGUACUUUAGCAGUGAGGAUGUGUCGCUCUCUGAAGAGACAUCGCCACAGGACUAUUUCUCUUUAACGAAUAGGUGUGAGGUUUUCUCCUGACGCCGUCCCACCGUAGUUGUUAUGCCUGCCUGUGAUUGGCUGCCUUAGGUGUCUUGUCGCUUUUGGGCAGGCAAUUUUUUAGCGAAGCCAUCACAUUGGACAGUCAGACGGUCACCCGGUUGGUCAGGUUUAUAUUUAUUUAUUUAUUUUGUUGGAUAGUUUAAAGUACAUUUACUUAGUUUCUCCCUCAGGUUCAUGUUUGAUUACUCUCUGUUGAUUUAUGAUUUUAGUGGAGGUUCUCUAGUUGAAAGAUGAAGGCUUCAUUGUAUAUAUGUCCUGAGAAGUGUUCCUGAGUGAUCGAGCUAACCAAACACGUGACCCCUCCUCCUCCCCCUCCAAGAAAAACAAGAGAAAGCAGUAUGUACAAAGGUGCUGUUGGGCUCUUCUUUGUGUGUUUACUAGCACUGAAAAUCUCUAUAAAAAGAAGAAGCAUAUUUAAAAACUGGGGAGUAUACAGUAUUACACAACCACUAUUAACUAGUAUCUUAGGGGGGAGUAUACAGUAUUACACAACCACUAUUAACUAGUAUCUUAGGGAGAAGUAUACAGUAUUACAGAACCACUAUUAACUAGUAUCUUAGGGAGAAGUAUACAGUAUUACACAACCACUAUUAACUAGUAUCUUAGGGGGGAGUAUACAGUAUUACAGAACCACUAUUAACUAGUAUCUUAGGGGGAGUAUACAGUAUUACACAACCACUAUUAACUAGUAUCUUAGGGGGGAGUAUACAGUAUUACAGAACCACUAUUAACUAGUAUCUUAGGGAGAAGUAUACAGUAUUACACAACCACUAUUAACUAGUAUCUUAGGGGGGAGUAUACAGUAUUACACAACCACUAUUAACUAGUAUUUUAGGGAGAAGUAUACAGUAUUACACAACCACUAUUAACUAGUAUCUUAGGGAGAAGUAUACAGUAUUACAGAACCACUAUUAACUAGUAUUUUAGGGAGAAGUAUACAGUAUUACACAACCACUAUUAACUAGUAUCUUAGGGGGGAGUAUACAGUAUUACACAACCACUAUUAACUAGUAUCUUAGGGAGAAGUAUACAGUAUUACAGAACCACUAUUAACUAGUAUCUUAGGGAGAAGUAUACAGUAUUACAGAACCACUAUUAACUAGUAUCUUAGGGGGGAGUAUACAGUAUUACAGAACCACUAUUAACUAGUAUCUUAGGGGGGAGUAUACAGUAUUACACAACCACUAUUAACUAGUAUCUUAGGGGGGAGUAUACAGUAUUACAGAACCACUAUUAACUAGUAUCUUAGCUGGCAUUUCUUUGCAUGACGACACUAGUUUAGGUGUUUGUCCUUUCUCUUCUUCUCUUUCUAAUUUUCUACUGAAUGUUGGAAUACGAAACCUCUAUCUAUUCAUCUUAGCUUUUAAAAACCAUACAACUAUUGUCUCGAGAUGAUAGAUAUCAAAGAUAGAUGAAUAUGAUAAGGCUAUGAUGAUGGUGAUGUGAUGAUGAAGAUGAACAUGUAAUGAAGAUUCUAUAGCAUGCUUUUAUAUGGGUCUGAAUGUUAAAUAUGGCUUACUUUUCUAUAGAGGAGAAAGUGCAUCAUGCAUUGAGGUCAGUGGGAGACUAAGUGAAAAUUUGACCUAAGUUAUGAUUCAACCUAUUUUGAGAGGAACAUUACUCCAUACUUUCUCACCAGGAGGCAUAAAGAAUGUUCCAUUGUUAAGCCACUAGAGGUCACUCUCACAACUAGCUGAUCUGGGGUCAGAUAAGUCUCAGGUUGUAAAUCACUGUGGCUGCUGAGGUUACUACCCUUUAAGCAAACUGUUAGCAAUCAGCUCUAAUAGACUUCAGAGGGAAGAACACACUAGAAACGUUCAAACGUCUAAAUACAAAGUGCACAUUCUACAUCAGUAGGUGAUUAUGUUAGUAGGUGAUGUCCAACUUUGUAAGUGACUGCAAGCUUCUACCAGUGUACUAAUCAGUUGAUAAAUAUGAUGUACUAUAAAUAUGUGUUAGUAUGGACUGCAGAGGUAGAGAGAGGAUGUGUUGUGGUCUUUAUAAAACUCUUCUACCCCCUCCAUCCGUCCAGUGACUAGACCCCCUCCACUGACAACACUGAGUUAGUAUAUCUCUGUAGUAUUUAUUUAACUAUUUUCCUCGUCUCUCUGUUUAAAACCUUAUUCAAUCAUUUCUCUACAGUCGACUCUACAUAUUUUCCCUGACUUCUUCUCUUUGUAUCAGUUUGGGUUUCUCCUGUAGAAUAUAUUUAUCCUAGAUUUCUCUAAUUCUUCUGGUUAUUGAUCCGUACUUCACCAUGCUACAUGUGUUUCUCUAACUUAAGGAAAUGUGUUAAGGUGUUACCAAUAAAAUGAGAAUUUAAAUAAAGUUACACUUCUCUUUGA